AUGUGGGUUUACAAGGUGAAACACCAAGCAUAUGAGAGCAUUGAAAGGUUCAAAGUAAGACUAGUAGUCAAGGGGUACACACAGCAAGCUGGUGUGGACUAUAUUAAAACUUUCUCACAUGUUGUGAAGUUAACUACAGUUAGGGAUCUUAUUUCCACUGCAGUAAAUAGGAAGUGGAUCAUUUCUCAACUUGAUGUCAAUAACGCUUUCCUCCAUGGGGACUUGCAUGAGGAAGUCUACAUGGAAAUUCCCUCAGGCCUUGAGGUGCCCACUCCAGGCGUUGUUUGUAGACUGAACAAAUCUCUCUAUGGGUUGAAGCAAGCUAGUACGCAAUGGAAAUCUGCUCUUGAUCUCCUCAAAGGAUAUGAUUGUAUGUCCUAUAGUGGACUGUCAUCCCCCCUUGAUCGCUCUGUUAAGUUGCAGGCUAAGGUUGGUGUUGUCUUGAAUGACCCUACAUAUUAUAGGAAGCUGGUUGGAAAACUGAACUUCCUUACUAAUACCAUGUUGGACAUUGCUUAUGGAGUCCAACACCUUAGCCAAUUUAUGCAGGAUCCCAGGGAACCUCAUCUUAAGGCUGCUUUUCACUUGUUAUGGUAUCUGAGAAGUGACCCUACACUGGGAAUCUUCUUCUCUAAUGAUCGAGACUGCACUAUCCAGGCCUACUAUGACUCCGACUGGGCUACUUGUCUAGACUCCAAAAGAUUACUCGAGGAGCUGCCUGUCCCAUUUCCAAAGCCUGUCAUUGUUUUUUGUGAUAGCCAAUCAGCUCUCCAUAUAGCUAGAAAUUCUGUUUUCCAUGACCAAGCACAUUGA